UUCCUUUUGCAGCCACUAAUCAGCGGUGCAGUAUAUUUCAUUUUUAACCAGACAAAUAAAACAUAGCAGCCAAGAGAGGAAAGGAAACCCUACCCAACUUGUCGUUUCCAUCCCCUUCAUCCUCCUCCUCACUCCAUCGCCCGCCACGUGUUGUCUGUUUAAACACGAUUUAGUGUUUGACUCCAGAUCUCAAUCCACCUCUGUUACAAUUCUCGCAUCUCAUUGACCUUUUGGGAUCAUAUUCGGAUUUGGCUAUCGGAUCUACGGUUCUUUCCUGAGGUAGAAAUUUGUAGCGUGCGGAUGUACUUAUGUACUAGGCGUUGGAGGGGAUUGUCAAUUUUACACCGAGAAAGUUCUAGCAGGAAUUCGAGAAAUUAGAAAAUGGAGCUGAGUACCAUUAAAGAUGCCUUUGAUCGUGUCACAAAGAAGCAAAAGGUUGCAUCAUCAAAAUCUCAGGAAGUGAUAGAGCAGAUCGGUCAAGAAAUAGAACAGGCACUGUUGAGAAUGCAAUCAACAAAUGAUACUGCAUCUUUGAGUGAGCACAAAGCGAUUCUUAGUGAACUAAAAGCCAAGUUGAAGGAAGUUGCUCCACUCAGUCAGUUGGAAGGAACACAAAGAGAACUAAAUGUUGCACUAAGCAAGUACCCGAAGCUCCUUGAAAAGUCUCUCAAUCCUGAUAUAUCAAAGGCUUACAGGAAUGUUGGUUCUGAUAUCCAUACCGUUAACCAGAUAAUUGCCAGCCAUUUCUACCGGGAAGGCCACUUUGAUCUUGGUGAUUGUUUCGUAAAUGAGGCCAGAGAACCUGAAGCUGCAGGCCAAAAAUCUCCUUUUCUGCAAAUGUAUCAAAUACUUGAAGCCAUGAAGUCUAGGAACCUAGAGCCUGCUCUGAGUUGGGCCACCACCAAUAGUGAGAAACUUAAGCUGAGUGGAUCUGAUAUUGAAAUGAAGUUACAUAAGCAGCAGUUUGUGGAAAUUCUGCAGAAAAGAGGUAGAGAUGGAGCUUUAAAUUAUGCUAGAACUUACUUCCCUCCUUUUGCCACCAAAUAUUUGACAGAGAUCCAGAGGCUCAUGGCCUCUAUAUUGUGGGCUGGAAAGCUGGAUUCCUCGCCUUACUCGGAUCUACUAUCACCUUUCCACUGGGAUAAAUUGGCUGAAGAGCUUGCUCGGCAGUUCUGCAAUCUCAUGGGUCAAUCCUAUGAGAGUCCAUUGAGCGUGACCAUUGCGGCUGGUGUCCAGGGGUUGCCAACCCUUCUGAAGCUGAUGAAUGUGAUGACUGGGAAAAAACAGGAAUGGCAAUCCAUGAAACAAUUACCUGUGCCUGUGGACUUGGACCGAGAAUUUCAAUUCCACUCUAUCUUUGUCUGUCCAGUGAGUCGGGAUCAGGCAACUGAGGAGAAUCCGCCUAUGCUGAUGUCUUGUGGGCAUGUGCUAUGCAAGCAAUCUAUUACAAAACUGUCAAAGAAUAACAGCACACGGCCUUUCAAGUGUCCUUACUGCCCCACGGAGGUUGAGGUCGGUCAGUGUAGACAAUUGUUCUUCUAGUAUGAAUUGAUCAUCUCAGCGUUUGUAUUAAAAUCUUCUCGCUACCCCUCUUUAUCUCUAUGCUCUGUGAACUCAAUUCACGUUCUUUCAUUACAUGGUUGAUGGUACCUCUGACCAUAGUGUUAAUUGUGCUUAAAGCUGUUCUUGUCUAUGUACUAUGGUAAAUUGGAUGUAAAUAGGAAUUCUUUACCAUUUCAUGCAAAUAAUUUAAAAUGCUCGUACAAUCA